AUGAAUCAAGCCCAGAUUGCCGCCGCCGCCGCCGCCGCCGCCAUCGCCUUAGCCGGCGGUGCCCAAACCGCAGACGUCGAGGCCGCCGCCCGACAGGCCGCCGACGCCGUCGCCGCCGGAACCGCAGGCGAUGCCGCCAUCAACGGAGCUCUUACCACCGCACGAAAUUUAGCCGCUAAGCAACUCGUUCGGGAGCAGUUCUCGCUCGGUGUAGCUCAGGCCAAGGCUGUUCUCAAUCCUCAGGUCGUGCUCAUGCUUAUGCUAUACCCAUGCGUGAUCGCCUUCACCCUAGCUGCCCGCUACACAAAAUACGGUCUGCUCAUACCCACCCCCAACGUGCCCGGCGCCGCCCCUCCCUCCCCUGACCUCGCCCGUGCCCAGGACGAGUGGCUGACCACUUCACAGGAAGCCCUCUGGUUCACCGGAAUAUGUUUUGGCGCCGUCAGUCUGAUCCACAUUUUCUUAGUGUUUUACAUAACCCUGAAGGGCCCUCGUGAGUCGCCAAGAAUGUCCCGUGCCUUUGCUUGGUUGGCCCCAAUGGCGUUCUGGUUUGGUACCUGUGCUUAUUUCUUUGUGUUCACAAUCUUGGCAAGAUAUGGAGUUGCCUGGCAGGAGUGGGUGCUUUUCGGAGCAUUUACAUUGGGGCUGUUUUUUAUCACUGCAAUUCUCAUUUGUGUGGCCGUUUCGCUGGCGAAGGUGGUAGAAGCUCCUCCUGCUCAAGUGCCCGUGGAAGGAGGGCCAGGCCAGGGGAAUCAGUAGGCAGGAAGGUGAAGGGUGAACAAGAUGGAAUCGUGAUGUAGUAGCUGUAGUUCCUCAGUGUUAUCGGUGAACAAGAAGAUGAAUGACAUUCUGAAUAAGUAGCAGUAGUUGAGUUGGUUGAUGUUCUUUUGAGAGUAGUCAGAUAUAGCAGUGAGUGUCCGUGGAAGGAGAGCCAUGCCAGGGGAAUCAGUAGGCAGGAAGGUUAACAAUAGGAGUAUUGUGGUGAUGGUUUUGGCAUGUCGAUCAUACAAGCAAGCCUUGCUUCUGUCUUAACUGGUUCUGUAGCAACUAAGCUCUUAAUCAUCAGCAGGGGUGUAAUGGAUAGGGAUCUAGUCUUGUCAUUAUUUUUUAGCACAAGUCAUGCAAACUUGGUUCAGUUAUUAAUUGAACUUGGGGGAAAGC